CUCCAAUCUGCGAAAGAUGUGCGGCGGUUCACUCAUCUCUGGGAUUAUAGAAAAAAAGCGCGGUCGGAAGCUUCGUAAUGGAUCUCUCUGGCCCGACACCGACCAUUUUUCCGACCUCCUCGGCCUUGAUUAUUGCGCCCUGAAGACUGAGACAUCUCAGAAAGAAUGCCGAGCUACGGCGGUGCCGGAGCCGGAGAAGACUCGAAAAGCUCGGAAGAAUAUAUACAGAGGAAUCCGGCAGCGGCCGUGGGGGAAAUGGGCGGCGGAGAUUCGAGACCCACAAAAAGGCGUUAGAGUUUGGCUUGGCACUUUCAACACUGCCGAGGAAGCCGCCAGAGCCUACGAUGAAGCGGCAAAAAGGAUCCGAGGAGAAAAGGCUAAACUCAACUUCGCUCCUCGUCCGCAACCGUUACCGGUGUCGCAGCCUCCGGCUAAAAAGCGCUGCGUCGCUCAUGAGUUAACUUCAGAUUGUUUCAGUUCCACCAGUCCGGCGCCGGCGAGUACACGUGUGAAUAACUCGUGUGAGAUCGACGGGCUUUACUACGGCGAGGAAUUGGCGAGUUUGAGAUCUUUCUUGGAUCUGGAUUUUGAGGAAGAGCAAGAACCGAGUCAAGUCGGUGGGAGCGAUGAGUUUGGCCAAGCUGUGGAGCUUUGGAUGAUGGACGAUCCGUCGUUGAAUGAGGAGAAAUUUGGUGAAGUGGUGUAACUGAGAUAAACUCAUUGGUCCGACAUGUCGUUUACUACUAAGUACUGGUGUAAUAUUUUAUGUAUUUUUGUUUCGGCUUUUUGAGCUUAGUUUUGUAGAUAUACAUAGAUAGGUUCAAUAAAAAGCUUGUGAUAUGAAACUCGCUUGUGCUUUUGCCUUCUUUCGUCUUUUGAAACGACAUGUCGGUUCCUGUAUCAGAUCAGACUGCUUCUAUUUUUAAUAUUCACCAUGUUGAGUGGUUUGUGUGUGUUU